CGGUUACUAUACACAGUGCGAUACUUCUUUCGACAAGCUGCCCCAAGCACUCAAUACAAUAUGCUCUCAUGGAGGCUCUCCUCCACGCUUGGACGUUCGGAACACAGGCUCUCAGGACGGGCACCCAAUAAUUUGUGAAUGCAUGGUUCAGGCUAUCUUGGACCAAAAGUAUACCGCAGAUGUGUCGAGCACGAGUUGCAACAUAGUCGAUGUGAAGACGAGGUGGGAGGAGAACUGGAAGACGCAACAUCAUGGGAAGCUUUCUUUGGAAGUACGUGGGAACCCGGGAAACAAGACGAACUGCGCUGAUGACGAUGAUAAGGAUGUUGACAGCUGAAACUGUUCGAGAUGACUGGUAGACGUACUAGACGAUAGUAACCACUUUGAGAUUGAUGAUGCUCGCUAUGUAGAGAAGGGGCAUUAUGCGCGUAUUAUUGCAAGCGUAAUCGGUCUCGCACAGCCAUGCAACAAGCUCAUCCAGCUGAUCUUGAGGCUCAACUGCAUAGAUAGCUUCCUGCAUCAGGCAUCUUUCGUUGUUCC